GUUUCUCUGCAUUGACACUUGCUCUGGGCUGGAAGUUUUUCGGGAGGAUCUAUCUAUACAUCCCCGUUCAUCGUGAUUCGCUAGGCAAGAUCUAGACCAUAUUGGUCGCUUUACAUCGCACUGUGGGACUGCCUUUCCCCAUCAACAUACUUCGGACAAGAGCCUUAUUUCCUUGCCCGAGACACGGGCAUUCUUAUACAUAAUGACGCGCCUCCUUGCUUCCAGCCCUCCUGUCGACAUCCCUUCGCUACCGGAUGCCUGGUCUCUCAAGCGUCGCUUCUUGGGAUGAGUUACCCCCUUCUCCAGCGUCUACGUCUGGAAGCUCUGCCACGUCUUUCGACGACGACGAAGUAAACGUCCGGGUCCAGCCGUACUGGCCCGACUAUCGGAAUACACUCAAAUUGCAUGGAUACAGGCUGGAAACUGUCCAAGACGCCAAGGACUUCUAUCUCGUCAAUGCUCGGUGCCCUGUACCCGAGAGUUUCUUGUUGAAGCACGGCGAUGACGAGCCCGAUGCGCUGUGCCAUGACUCCGGUCUUCCCGAAAACCUGUUCCGUGGUGCCAGAGCGCGUGAUCGCUCCGUGAAAGUAGUUGUCAAGGCGGUCCACCUGCACAGUCGCGAGCUUGGGAUCAUCCAGACUCUGGCCCGUUCGCCGUUACGGGAUGAUCCCAUGAACCACUGCAUACCCGUCCUCGAUGUGAUUGAGCUACCUGAGGACGAUCUGGCCUUCAUUGUCAUGGAACAGUGGAGCUCGCAGCUCGUAGUAGACAGCGACCCUUGUUGUCUGAGGCUUUUCCUGGCAGCGCUUCGUCAGGCAAUUGAGCACGUAGCAUUCAUGCAUCGACACCGGAUGGCCCACCUCGACAUCUCUUUGCGCAACCUACUGACAGACUAUCGAGGACAUUAUGCAUACAUCGACUAUGAACUCAGUCGCAAAUUUGAAGCUCUCGAAUCUCCUAGAAUAUGUAAUUUUCGCACCACCGAAGUACCACCUGAAUGCGAAACAUCAAACGGUGACUGCCCUGAUGCAUUCAAGGCCGACGUCUGGGCGAUGGGCAUUCUGAUCUUGCGAGCCAGUAAACUUACUGGUUAUUGCCUACCGGAAUUAGUACACUUAGUUCGCCCAAUGCUGAACGCAGAUCCAGCAGACCGGCCAUCCAUUGAGCAGGUUCUCGUAGCUUUCGAAAAGCUUGUUUGUACAAUGCAGGACUUGGAUAGAUUACAUAGUUUAUAG